AUGCCAUCUCCACUCGCAGACCCCGUCAAGCUCCCAUGUGGACUCGUUUUGCCGAACAGGCUGAGCAAGGCCGCAAUGGCUGAGAUGAUAGCCAAAACGAAUCAGCCGACAACCGCCCUGGCUGAUGCCUAUGAGCAAUGGUCGGACGGCGGAUGGGGGAGUAUCCUUACAGGAAACGUCCAAGUCGACGUAAACCACAUGGGCGGUCCCUACGAUCCAGCCAUACACAGCGAAUACAUUGACAGCAAGACCAACAGCGCCCUAGUCGCGGAAUGGAAGAAAUACGCCGACACCUGCCAAAAACACGGCACACCAGCCAUUGCACAGAUCUGCCAUCCAGGUCGGCAGUCCUUCCGCGUUUCAGGCUACCGUGGUAUCUUUGCGCAGACGCUCGCGCCUAGCGCUAUCCCUAUGAAGGUCGGAGAUAGCUACCUCGAGAGUUUGAUUGGGUAUUUGGUUUGGUCUAAGCCCAAGGAAAUGACCACUCAGGAUAUUGAAAGAGUUAUUCGGCAGUUUGUUGAUACUGCGAGACUUAUGGCGGAUGCUGGGUUCUCGGGUAUUGAGUUGCAUGGUGCGCAUGGGUAUUUGAUUGACCAAUUCCUCAACAGCAAGACAAACCUCCGCACAGAUGCCUACGGCGGCACACCCGAAAAGCGCGCGCGCUUCGUCCUAGAAAUCCUCUCCCAGACACGCAAAGUCGUACCAGCAAACUUCGCAAUCGGCAUCAAGCUAAACUCCGCUGACCACAGCUCCGCAACCUUCGAAGAAACAAUGACCCAAAUCGCCCUCCUAGCCGAAGCCGGUAUCGACUUCAUGGAAAUCUCCGGUGGCAGCUACGAGGACCCAAAAAUGAUGGGCUAUGGCAAAGCCAAUCCGGCCGCAGCACCGAAAUCAGCACGCACCGCCGCGCGCGAGGCCUUCUUCCUCGAGUUCUCGAAGGAGGUGCGACAGCGCCAUACUGGGCUCGUUCUUAUGUUGACUGGUGGGUUCCGCACGCGUGCUGGCGCUGAGGCUGCUAUUAGGGAUGAUGCUUGUGAUCUUGUUGGUAUUGGACGGCCGGCCGCUAUCAAUCCCAGAUUCCCCCAUCUGUUGCUUGAUGAGAGUGUUAGUGAUGAGGAGGCGCAGUUGGUGUUGAAUAAGGUGGCUGUGCCGUGGUAUACGCGCUUCUUGCCGUUGCAUCUUAUUGGGGCUGGGGCUGAGAGUACGUACUAUUCUGCGCAGAUUCAGAAGUUGGCGAAGGGGAUCGCUGGUAUUGCGCCUUCUUGGUAG